ACACCUCCAUCAUCCUCUUCCUCAACAAGAAGGACCUGUUCGAAGAGAAGAUCAGCAGGAGCCCGCUCACCAUCUGCUACCCUGAGUACAAAGGUGGAAACUCAUAUGGAGAGGCAGCGAAUUACAUCCAGGGCCAGUUUGAAGACCUAAAUAGACAUAAGGAUGAAAAGGAGAUCUACCCCCACUUCACCUGCGCCACAGACACCAAGAAUGUGCAGUUUGUGUUUGACGCCGUCACCGACGUCAUCAUCAAGAUCAACCUGCAUGAUAUCGGGCUCGGCUGAAGUUCCAGAACUGCACCUCCAGGAUUUAAAAAAAAAAGACUAAGGACUUCUGUGAUGUCUUGAUUGCAGAGGCUGAAUUGGAGAGUAUUUGUUACUAAAGACUAAGUUUGUGGCCACAGCAGGAUCCAAACCUGCAUCUGUGACCACAUYUGUCUCAAUAAGUUUUAAACUGUGGCUUGCUUUUAGACAGAAAGUUGUGAAACAAUUCCUGUCAUGUUAAAUAAGUUUGUAUAGUUCAUUGUUUAUAAUCUCCACCAGGACCAAACACAUCAGAUCCAUCACUGCAUUUCACCACUAAAAGGAAAAACUCUGUUCACAGAUCUGCUGCGCUGUCUAGUCUUGUGUACGUCUGUAUUCAUUAGCUUUUGUCAUGUUUUAUUUUAAACUUUUAGAUGCAGUUUUCUUGUAUUCCUGUGUCUGAAAUAUGUAACUUGUUUUGGAGAGGGUUUGGUGUGAGCUGCUUAAUGUAAAGUUACAGUUUGAGUCUGGAUUUAGUUAACUAAGUCUAAUGGACUCUGCUGCACAUGUAAUGGUUCUGAUUUAAACUAGACCACAUUAUAUUAAAAAUAUUUUUAUUCACAUUGUUGUAGCAGUGAAAUCAGUCUGAAUGGACAUUUAGAUUGUUUAUUCUGUUUUUUGGAUUGAAAUAUGCUAAUUUUAUUCAAUCAGUGAGGAACUGUUUAGUGUUUUUGUUUUGUUUUUUCAUUUUUGUUUAUUGUUUUUGAGGCAAUUUGAAUUUGAUUAAAUAUCAACACCUUAAAACAAAAUGUGGGAGUACACAAUUUUUUUUAUUAUUAUUGGUCAAACUGAGGAAGUCUGCUACAAAAAUAUUCUGUUAAAUAAAUGACUGAGUUUUCCAAAAGUUCAGAUUUUUAAAGUGGGUACCUGCAGAAGGGUGUAUAAAAAAAAAUAUCUAACCUGUUGUAGAUGGCUCUAUGAAUGACUUGAAUUUGGGAAAAAUGUAGUUUAUUUCCUUAGCUAACAUUAGUGAGGAGUUGUUUCUAUAAAAUAAACAAAAAACCCUCCACAGUGUUUCAGAAGAACUUGAUUCAUUUGGCCAGAAUCACAUGAUCACUGAUGUCUAAAGCUCAGAAUGCACCAAACUUUGAUUCAAAGGUUUUUAAAGAAACGCAUUACUGGCAGGAUACGUGCACUUUUGUGGCAAAAAAUAAAUAAAAUGAACCAGCGAGCGACAUACAACGAGACGUGGAGCCAGUGUUAUGUGUUUAGUUUACCAGUGAACAAACACUUUUACCAUAGGGGAAGAAAACACAGAAAAACACUAAAUCUACAUAAGAUAUAUAUCUGAUUUAGUAUCAUUGUUAAGAAGCACCAAGUUCUUCUCUAAUCUUUCGGUUUUAGUUUCAGAGUGUGGUGUGUAAUUGUGAACAUGUCAAUGUACAGAUGAAAUGUUUGUUACCAUGUGUCCUCUAUGGCAGCCAUCUUGUUUCAGCUAAAGAGGAGGCCCACCUCAAACCCUGUUCCUUUAUAGGAAGUGAGCUGAUAAGAGCUGGAGUAUGAUUGGUGAAGAGUAAGAAGAAAGUUUCAGUAAUUAAACAAGUAAACUAACUUGUAAAUUGUACAUUUACUUGCAUAAAAUGCUUUGAUAUUUCUUUAUGGAUUCAUAAUUGUUGGUGUUUACAUUGUUUAUGUGAAUGUUAAACUUUGUUUUCUUUCCCGCUCUGAAAGGCUGAGGUGAUUGGCCGAGUUGUAUUGAAGGUGAGGUCUAAAGUGUGUAUAUAUAGGUGGACUGCUGGAUCUAGUGAGAUGGAUGGAAGGGCUGUCACUUUGAGAGCUGCUGUGAGGCCUGAAAAAAAAACAACAAUAAACCAGCUUUGUUUGCUGUAAAGCCA